AUGCUGUCCCAUCGCGCCGUCAAAAAGGUCGACCCCCUCAAGUACCCGUCCGGCCGAGCACGCAUCUCCACCGUCGGCAACAUUGUCUUCAGCUUCAUCAUGUUUUCCGUCUCGCUCGUCCUCAUCGUCAUGUCGGCGCGCGAGCUGGCCGAAGGCUCCGAGGAGGAGACGAACAAGUUCCACUUUCCCAGCGUCAUUGCCGUCUCCAUCGCCUUUGGCACCAAGCUCUUCCUCUUCUUCUACUGCUGGUCCAUCAAGCACCUGUAUUCCCAAGUCGAGAUUCUGUGGCGCGACCACCGGAACGACCUGCCCGUCAACGGCUUCGGCAUCCUGACCUUCGCCGCCGGGAGCAACAUCAAGUGGUGGAUUGAUCCCAUGGGCGCCAUCAUUCUCUGCGUCAUCAUCGCCUCGCUCUGGCUGCGGACCGCCUACGAGGAGUUCCAGCUCCUCAUUGGCGUCUCGGCCGAGCCCGAGUUUCUGCAGCUCAUCACCUACAUUGCCGCUACGCACUCUCCCGACAUCAAGCAGAUUGACACGAUUCGCGCCUACCACAGCGGACCGCGUUACAUUGUCGAAAUCGAUGUGGUCAUGGACCGCAACGAGCGCCUUGAGAUUGCCCACGACGUCGCUGAGGACCUGCAGAUCAAGAUUGAGAAGCUCCCCGGCGUGGAGAGAGCUUACGUGCAUAUUGACUACGAGACGAGUCACAAGCCGAUGGUGCGAAGUCCGGGCCGUCAACAAAAGUCGCAACCGCCGAGCGCACAUGUCGCUCAGAAGACGACUGCUGCGAAUGCAGAAGCGUGA